AUGGCGACUGCGCAGGUAUCCCCCGAUCUUCCCAGACCCUCUUUCGCCAAGGUAGCCGCUGUUGUUUCAAAGGAGCCCCCAUCAGGCCCAAGUACGGGAAACGAUCAAGGUGCGAAUGUCAAGCAUCAGCCUGGCGCCGCUGCUCCCAUUGUCGUUAGCGGUGCGUCGGCCAACGUCGCGUUUUUACGAAAUGCCUCGCUUUCAAAGCCUGGGGGGCAAGGUACCGCAAGAGAGGGCUCAGCUGCCGCGGAAAGAGUGGCAUCGUCGCUGAACGAUCUCAAGCUCAGCUCCAGAGUUCCCAACCUCGUCGUCGACGGCACACCCACUGCGCUUGAACGCCAGCGCGCACUGAUCAACAGGGAGAGCGUAUCCGACGAAUCACAGAAAUGCGACUCGAGUUCAGAGUUGGGGACCAAACCUCCGAGCUUGGACGGCAAGAGCAUCACAUCUGGGACCACAUUUGCCUUGGACGAGAAGGAAUCCCUCCGUCCCGACGACAGUGCAAGCGUCAAGGCCGCUGCCGAGGACGACGAUGCCUUUUCUAUCCGAGGAUCUUUCAUAGCCGGUUCUCGGAUGAGCUCCGAGGUGGCCGCUCGCGCCCGUGGUAUUCAGCUCGGCGACAUUCCCGAGCGUAGGCUGGCGCAGCAAACCCUCGGGAUUCCGGGCCAUGGGGUUAUUACUCCGCAGAGCUCGGCUUCUGAGCGACCGCCGGCUGUCAACCCGACGAUUCCCCUGAGCGUGGAAGGGUCCUCUGACGCCUUAAAUGUCAUCUACCGCCAGGCGCCGGAUGAGAAGCUGCUUGACGCCUUGUCAAGUCCCCGGGAUAGAUUUUUCCUGUUAAGGUUGGAGAAAGAUGUGAUUGACUUUGUGCAAGAUUCCAAGGAACCGUACAUGGACCUGCCUCCCUCCAACUCAUUCUGCGGCACUCCGCCUCCUGCUGUCCUGCCCAAGAAGAUCAUGCGUCGAGGGCAGGACAGUGAAGGUGGGCCAUUGAGCGCUGGCGCCUCGAAGCCUACCUCGGAAUCUGGAAGCGAUAACAAAGACGGCAAAGAGAAGCAACCAUUUGCGAAAGAGAAGCUGUCUAGAGAAGAGAGGGAGGAACUGUACAAGCUGGCUCGAGAGCGCAUCUUCGGUAGUUCGGAAGAUAGCGUCCAGGAGAACGAGGGUGAAAACGGCAUGUCUCGUACCAGCUCAGUCUCUGCCACCAACAAGGCAAACGUCGGAAAACGCGGCAAGGCUGGCAAACAGCGCCGCGACGACUCGGACAGCUUCGACUCGAGAUACCAGUACACGCCUUACUGGGGACCGUCACAGCAGACCUGGGUAACCCAACCUCAAGGACAGUUUAUGCCUCCGGCAGCUCACGGGCAGUUCAACGGCCAGCCUGUGCCGGCAUAUCCUGCACCGGUGCCGCCCGUGUAUACUCAGCAGCCGGCUGCGUAUCCUGGCUUGUCUGGCAUGGCGCCCAGCCCGGCCUACCCGGCGUAUGGGAUGCCUCUGGGUCCUCCCCAACCCCCUCCUCCGCAGAGGUAUCAGCCCAGUGGCAGCCCGAUGAUGGCGUACGGCUCGCCCGUUCCGCCCGCUGCUGUGCCGCAGGGCUGGCAGCCGGGCUUCAGCGCCCCGCCCUCCUAUCCCCCCCGGGGACCCGCACCCACGGCAUCACAGGCUCAAGCAGGAGGAGUUCCGUAUGCAUUUGGGCAGCUUCCUGCGAAUGCCAACCCGCACGACCCAAAGAGCCAGCAUCCCAUCCCAGGAAGCUACAACAGGAAUCACGCAUUCAACCCAAAGACGCAGUCAUUUGUCCCUGGUGGGAAUGUCAUGCACCCGGUGCAACCUCCCCAGCCUCCCUUCACGGCCCCUGGCUCUCACCACGGCAGUCCCCAGAUAGGGACUCCCCACCUUGCAUACGUCGCAUAUCAGACAGGCGUCCCUCCCUCCUACGGGGGAGGCUACGGCAUGGCAAGGCAAGGAUCAAACACGUCGCUCCCGUCGUACCAUGGCCCACCUCACAUUCAGCAUGUCCCGCUCAUGCCGAGCAUGCCCCCUCCACCUCAGCAGAUCCCUCAGAAUCCCUCGACGCAGAUCCCUGGCCGCCCGGCGUGUCCUCAGGGGCCGAACCAGAUAUAUAGUCACUUACCUACUUACGGCAACCCAGCCUCGUUGCCGCAAAAGCCGGCUUCUGGAGUUUAG